AUGUCGUCGGCGUCAUCCACACUCCCGCCGGAUCAGCAGCGCCUGUUCGACCGGAUGAAUCGCGAGUACUCAAAUCGUGAGUACAGCAAGGCGCUGCGCACGUCGGAAUGCAUUCUAAGGGUCGUCCCAGAUCACGUGGACACGUUUGCCGGCCGCGGACUUGUUCUGUACAACAUGGAGAGACAGGAAGAGGGCUACGAAUCCAUUAAGCAGGCUAUCCUCCUCAACCCCAAGUCGAUGGUGGCCUGGCACGCGUUAGGCAUGUGCCAGCGACUUGACAAGAAGUUUGGCGAGGCAGUUAAGGCAUUCAAGCGUGCGCUGACAUUUGAUCCGGCGAACACAGAGGUGCUGCGCGAUUUGGCGUCAGCGUGCAUUCAAGUGCGCGACUGGCCUCUCUUCCUGGAGGCGCGUGAGAAGAUGGUCACGGCAAAGGCGAGUGUGCGCGCAAACUGGGUGGCGCUCUCGUGCGGCCACCGCAUUCUAGGCCACAGCAGGAUUGCCGCAGCUGUCAUGGAUACCAUGACGUCCAUCAUGGACGCUGGCGACAAUCCCGUCGAAGUGAGCGAGGCACAAUUGUAUCGUGUGGAGCUCGAGCUGGAGAGCGGGGCACCGCAGCGUGCGUUGGAGCUGCUGAAGAAGCACGACAGCGAGAUUAUCGACGUGGAGACGAAGCUGCUGCUGCGUGCCAAGGCGCACGCGCAGCUCGGUCAGCGCAUGGAAGCGGAGAAACGCUACAUAGAGGUGAUCUCGAUGGGUGUGUCGGAGGCGGACAGCAUCGCAGCUCUGGCUCACCUGCGGAAGAUCCCGCUCGACCGCUACCUUCGUCCGGCAGCGGAGUACACGGAGAAGUACAUGGAGAUCAUCGACCGUGUCCUGAAGGCGUGCCCGAAGUGCCACUACGCAAAACGCCACGCGCUGGACUGCGUGCCAAUCGAGGAGUUCCGUGAGCGCCUCGCCGCCUUCACCACACCCUACAUCCAGCGCAUGAUUCCGUCCUUGUUCAGCGUGCUCAAGUCGUUGUACGUGGAUGCCGAGCGAGCCAUCAUUAUAGGUGACGUCUUCGCGAUGAUGGAGCGGGAGCUUGAGGCCAAGGACUUCUCUCGUUUUGGCGAGGAAGCGAACCCGUGCUACAUUCUUUGGGUGCGCACGUUUCUCGCAUCGCACUACCGCCGCACCGGUGAAUACGCGCUGGCACAUGCCUACAUUGAAAAGGCGAUCAACCACACACCGACACUAGAGUUGCUUUAUCUGGAAAAGGCGAAGAUUUUUGCGCGCGAGGGCAAGACGGCCGAGGCAGCCGAGCAGGCAGAUUUGGCGCGGAGGUUGGAUUUGCAGGACAAAUACCUGAAUAGCAAGGCCGCCAAAUACUACUUCCGCGACAACCAGGUGGAGAAGGGGGAGGCGACGAUGCAGCUCUUCUACAAACCGUCAGUGGUGGUGGGUGACACCUACCUCACAGCACUCGAGUCGCAGUGCUAUUGGUAUGAGCGCGAGGUGGGGGAAGCCUUCUACCGCAAAGGCGACUACAUCUCCGCGUUGCAGAACCUUCUCAUGUUCGAGCGCCACCAUGAGCAGAACCACUGCGAGCUCAGCGACUUCCACAACUACGUAUUUCGGCGCAAUACCAUGCGCCCGUGGUUUGACGUCUUGGACUGUGACGAUAACAUGGGUCGGAACAAAUUCUUCUUGAAGUUUUGCCCUGCCAUUGUGCGCACCUACAUGCGCAUUCAUGAGAAAGGCGAGGAAGUUGUGCGGGCUGCGCACGUGCCGAGGCCAGAGCUGAAAUUUGACGAGGUCGCCGCGGACGAAGUGAAGCGGGUGAAGCAGCAGCAGAAGGAUUACUACAUCGGCGACGUGGUCCUGUCAGAGCCUCUGGUCAAGGCGAGCCGCUACAUGGGAUACCUCUUGGCCCACCGAAACACCGAAGCCAGUACGCAUACGCUCGCCAUCGAGCUGUACACGGCAGCUGAGAAGCCUCUCCUUGUCGCUCGUGCGCUUCUUGCUCUUCACCAACAGCGGUACAAGAAGACGAAGGAUCUUGCUGUGGCCUUCAAGACUGGGCUGUACACCACGACAACGAUGGACUCUCGCGUGCAGGCCAUUGUUGAUGAGAUUCUUGCCACCGUGCUGGAGUAG